AUGGCGGCGUCUGUGCGGGGCCUGUGGCUGGUGUGGGCGCUGCUGGGGGCCGCCCACGGCUGCACCGAACCCUGCGCCUGCGUGGACAAGUACGCGCACCAGUUCGCCGACUGCGCGUACAAAGACCUACAGGAGGUGCCGUCAGGGCUUCCUGCCAACGUGACCACGCUUAGCUUGUCUGCCAACAAGAUCACCUCCUUGCGUCAGGGAGCCUUCGCCGAAGUCACGCAGGUCACGUCUCUGUGGCUGUCCCACAACGAGAUCAGCGCCAUCGAGCCAGGGGCCCUAGCGGUUCUGGUCCAGCUCAAGAACCUGGACAUCAGCCACAACCAGAUCGUUGACUUCCCCUGGGCUGAUCUGCGCAACUUGAGCGCCCUGCAGCUGCUCAAGAUGAACAAUAACCGCAUGGCGGCGCUGCCGGCCGACGCCUUCCGCAACCUGCGCGACCUGCGCUCUCUGCGUAUCAACAACAACCACUUUAGCUUCAUAGCAGAGGGCACCUUCGACGCGCUCACCUCGCUGUCCCACCUGCAGAUCUAUAACAACCCCUUCGAUUGCACCUGCCGCCUUCUGUGGCUCAAGGCGUGGGCGGAGAACACUCUCAUCUCUAUCCCCGAGCGGGAGUCCAUCACGUGCGCCGCGCCUCCAAACCUCAAAGGCAUCGCCCUGGGUAGCCUCCCAGCGCUGCAGUGCGCGCCGCCCACAGUGCGCCUUAGUUAUCAGCCGAACGUAGAUGGAGCGGAGCUCCAGGAUGGCCUGGCCCUGGCCCUGCACUGCGUCGCCACCGGCCAUCCCCUGCCCCAGAUCCAGUGGCGAAUCGAGACAACCGGUGGUGCGCUGCUCAUCGAGCGACCCAACGCCAGCGAGGCCGGGGAGGAGACACCCCCGCUCUCUCCACAGCGCUUCCUAGCCUUCGCCAAUGGCACCUUGCUUAUCCCACACCUGAGCAAAAAGGAAGAGGGCACCUACACGUGCCGGGCAGACAACGAGCUGGGCAGCAACGAGACGUCGGUGAGCGUGGCGGUGGCCGGGCCGCAGAAAUACCCCCCGGCUUCGCCCAGAGGUGAGCUCCCCGGCCUGGGCAGCAAAGGCUCAGGAGGAGAUCGCAAAGCGUCUGGCAAGGGAUAUGGCAAUAGUGUCCUGACCUCCAAGGGCGAGGAGAGGACCAAAGGCCGGGGUCCCUGGGGAGGGCAGGGCAGGGCGUCAGCUGCACGGACCCCAGAGGUCCCGGAGGAUGUGGAGGUGGAGGCGGAGGCAGAAGAAGACCCCUUUCGGCCACCGCCAUUUGAGCGGCGCUGUGGCCAAGGGGACCCUACAAUGUACGUGUCUAACCACGCCUUUAACCAGAGUGCGGACCUUAAGCCCCAUGCCUUCGACCUGGGCGUGAUUGCACUGGAUGUGUCCGAGCGAGAGGCCAAAGUACAGCUGACUCCAUUCGCGGUCAGGCCGGAGAAGCGGCACCUGCGAAUGCUCUACCUGUGCGCUGAGAGCGGCCACGCAGUAGUGCAGUGGUCCCGGAUCGAGGAGGGCGUCAAUUCCUACUGGUUCCAAGGCCUUAGCCCGGGCACCAACUACUCGGUGUGCCUCACUUACGUGGGCGAGGCUUGCCAGGUGCAAGUCGUGUUCACCACCAAGAAAGAAGUGCCCUCCCUAGUCAUCAUAGUGGUGGUCAGUGUCUUCCUUCUGGCGCUGGCCACUGUGCCUCUGCUGGGGGCCACGUGUUGCCAUCUUCUCUCCAAGUACCAGGGCAAGACCUACAGGCUUAUCAUGAAGGCGCAGAACCCUGACCAGAUGGAGAAGCACAUCGCUGCCGACUUCGACCCCCGCGCUUCCUACUUGGAGUCUGAGAAGAAUUACAGCCCCACAGACUCUGGUCCCGGGGUGGGAGAAGGGACUGGACCUGGCAGUAGGGCUAGGACAAGAGUAGGGGAGGAGGAAGAGGAUGAUCAGGAGGAGGAAGAGGUGGGUGGAGGAAUGGAGAGGGACGAGAGCCUGGUAGCCGGCUCCCUUCCGGAGUCCCAGUCCAAGGCCAACCAGGAGGAGUUUGAGGCAAGCUCGGAGUACAGCGACCGGUUGCCACUGGGGGCUGAGGCGGUUGAUAUCGCCCAGGAAAUUAAUGGAAACUAUAGGCAGACAGAACGUUGACCUUCCUCUCCCCUCCUCCCCCUCCUUUCCACCUCCUCAAUUCUUGCCUGACCCCCAACCUUGGACAUUGGGAACCAAAAGAAAAUGGGGUGGGGGGAGGGAUAAGACCACUCUAAAGCAUUUCACCUUAACAGUGUAAAUAAGGUUGCCCGGGGGUACUGACCUAAAAUUCUCGGCAUGCAGUCGGGUAGCGACGAAUAGAGUUCGUCCACCCUUUCCACUCAGAGGUCCCCUCCGCCCAGUCCCGGGAGGCUGAGCCUCCCACACCCGGGAGCCUUUCUGAUUGAACCAUCCUUCCCCAUCUCAUUUCUAGCUGCUUUCCUUUUGAAGCAGGUGCACUUACUCCCUAAAGACCAGGGCCCUACCCCUUUUGAAAUUUUAAAACAAAAAAGAAAAAAAAAAUCCCUUUCCUUCCUUCCAUGGCUUUCAAGGGAACAAAAUCUAAGUUCCGUGUUCUCCUCCUUUCAUCUCCACCUCAACCAUUUGCAACACAAGGAAACGAAACGGGGAUUGGAGACUGGGACAA